GGGAGGGGAUGGGACUUCAGCAGGAACACCAGGCACUAAGGACCAAGCACUAGAGAGGCAGGAGGCAGCUAGAGCCAGUGAUCCUAGGCAUUCGGAGGAGUGCAGGGGGAACAAAAGGUCGAUAACGGGCUUUGGCCUUCUGAAUGAUGUGGAAAAGCAGAAAGAAAUUGUUCCUGGGGUCCUGAGAACAGUGAAGGGAUCAGGAGUAGGAUCAGGCAGAAGAGAACAUCCAUUUCUUUGUCCUGGCCCCGGUUACCCAAGCCACAAGCAUUAACGGAGAACCAGGUCCCAAAACAGCAGGUCCUGAGCCAGCCCUGCAGCUUGCAACAAGAGCCCCCCAUGAUGUGGGCAGCGGCCCAGACGGCCCUGGCCCUGACCCUCCUGGUGUCGCUGGUCUCGGCGGGGCCCAGAAUCGAAGAGCCAAAGCCUACCGCCCCACCCAUCUUUACCCGGCGCCCCUUCCUGGUGGCUUGGAACGCCCCAACCCAGGAUUGCAAGCCAAGAUUCAAGGUAGAGCUAGACUUCUCCGUCUUUGAUAUUCAGGCGUCACCCAACGAAGGGUGGGUGGACCAGAAUCUCACCAUUUUCUAUCGAAAUCGCCUGGGCUACUACCCUUACCAUGACUCGCACCUGCGACCGGUCCAUGGGGGUGUGCCUCAGAAUAGUAGCCUGAUCGACCACCUGGAGCGCUUGCCGGAAGGGGUCCGACACUACAUCAGGUCACCCGACCGAGAAGGUCUGGCCGUCAUUGACUGGGAGGACUGGCGCCCAGUCUGGAUCAGAAACUGGCAGAGCAAGGAUGUGUACCGCAAGGUCUCCCGCCAACUCGUCAGUUCCCGACACCCCACCUGGACCCCGGAGCAGGUGGGCAAGCAGGCCCAAUACGAGUUCGAGUUCGCUGCCCGGCAGUUCAUGCUGGAGACCCUGCGAUGGGCAAAGGAAACUCGACCCCGCCAGCUCUGGGGGUUCUACCUCUUCCCUGACUGUUACAACCACGACUACGUGCAGAAUUGGUCCAGCUACACAGGCCGCUGCCCAGAUGUUGAGGUCUCGAGAAAUGACCAGCUGGCCUGGCUCUGGGCAGAGAGCAGUGCCCUCUACCCUUCCAUUUACCUGGACCCCAUGCUAAAGUCCUCCUCCAAUGGUCGGAAGUUUGUGCGCUACCGUGUGGGGGAAGCCCUGAGGGUGGCCCGGGAGCACCACGCCGACUACUCCCUCCCAGUCUUCGUCUAUACACGCCCCACCUAUACCCAGAGCUUCACAGGGCUCAGCGAGAUGGACCUCAUCUCCACUAUUGGGGAGAGUGCAGCUCUAGGAGCAGCUGGAAUCAUCAUCUGGGGAGAUGCAGAUUAUACCAAGGGCCCGGAAACCUGCCAGAAAAUCAAGGAGUACCUGGAAAGCCGCUUGGCCCCUUACGUGGUGAACGUCUCGGAGGCUGCUUUCCGCUGCAGUGAGGACCUGUGCCACGGGCACGGGCGCUGCCAGCGACGGCUGCCCAACUCCAAUGCCUUCCUGCACCUGAACCCCCGGAGCUUUCGCCUUCGUCCUGCUCAGAGCCCCAAGGAGCCCCUCUUCCGGGCUGAGGGCGAGUUCAGCCAGGCUGACCUGGCCCAGCUCCAGGAUAACUUCCAUUGCCAGUGCUACCAGGGCUGGCAUGGGGAGAGCUGCCAGCACAGCCGCAAAGCCCCAAACAGGGGCUCCGCCAGUGGCCCAUCGGGCCUAGUAGCCCUGCUGGCCCUGGGCCUCUUGGUCCUCCUCCGACUGCCGUAGGUAGCUAUGGCUGGGGCUUCCACAAAGGAGCCAGUGAUUUUAGAUUGGUGUAGGGUCCCUGCCCAGGAGCCUGUAGCUGAUGUAGUUGGGCUUAGGGGAGAGGAAUAGCCCCCAUUUGGCAACACUCAUCCCCAGCCAUGCUUUACAUAUCCCUCACAGGGGUAGGGCCAGGAGCAGAGUGGGGUGUGGAGGGGGAGUAGCCUUCAACCCUUUGCCUAUGUUUCCCCCUGUUUUAAGGGGGGGGAUGUUGAGAAGAGAGUUUGUAUGAAUUGCUGCUGGGUGUCUUCCCGUCCUAGGGGAGGGGCUGUUAGUGGAGAAUAGGGAUGGGGGGCACGGCAGGGCCGUAGAGAGCCCCCUGCCCCUCUCCUCUCUAUAUUUUGUUAUUGUUAUUAUUAUUAUUAUUAUUAUUAUUGGGAUAUUUUGUAAAUUAAACAGAAAAACAAACAACUCUAUGUAGAAAUGUGAAUGGAGUGCACUGGGGAGGAGCGGGCAGGGUUAGUGAGCAGGCCCUCGGUGCUCUCCGGGCCCAGAGCCAAUCUUGGGGCUAAUUGAGCCCUUCCCACCAGAAGGAAAGACCUGACAUCUGGGACUCCACAUUUGGUGGGAUGGAGGAUGGGGAAGCAAGAUGGCAGCCCCCAAACAGCAUGGGCUCAGCUGAAUGAGAUGCCCAGAAGACCCUGUCUCGCUUUCUGCUUAAAGUGCUGCCAGGGAUAGACACCAUCCAGAACAGAGGGGUACUUUACCUCUCUCCACCUUUUAAUGAGCCGCUGCUUCAGGCACUUAGUGGUUGCUCCCCUUCCUCGAUGAUUGCUGCCCUGUAAGGGCUCAGCUCCUACCCACCCACCUUGUGGUACUCCCAAGACCAAGGAGGGGCUUGUGGAGUGUGGGCAGGGUUGGUGGGCUGGAGGUGGAGGAAAUAGAAUGUGACAGUGGGGGGGGGGGUCUGUGAAGAGGGGGCUCAGCAUGGCUCCGGGCUUGGGGCCAGCCUUCCUCAGUGCUGUUUUUCCCAUGGGCACGUUGCCCAGCUCUAUGUUUCUCGACCCUCUGCUUACAUCCUUCACUGGGGUGCUCCCCCAACCCUCCACCUGCCAGGGGAGGGAGAAGGGGCCGGAUCCAUCUUUCUGCCCUACAGCAGAGGGAAAAUGCCAUGCUGGCCGGUUAAUUCUGGCCCUUGCACCUCUGGUCUCUGCCAUACCUGAGGCUGGCUCAGACACGGGCCCCGGGGAAAUCCCUUGUUUCCUAGGUGGGGUCCUAAGGAGGCCUGGUUGGGCACCGGGCUGGCCCGGGCACACAGCAAGCAGUGGCAAAGACAAUACUGGGAGCAGGAUCCCAUCCUGGUGCAGGGCCUUCUCCCCUUCCCCUGUCCCGCCACACACCUGGCUGGGCUUCCUGACCACAGCCUCCGGCCAGCCCUUCGCCACACUGGUUUCCGGUGGUGUGUCCCAUGAGCCUCAACCCUGAGCCCUCUAGUGGGCAGUCUGCUCGCUGCCCGAGCUUAGGGUUGGUUUUCCAAAGCCAGAGCUCAUCUGUUUCAGCAUUUCUGAGUGAUCUGGGUGUCCCCAAGGUCACAGCUACAUUGAAUCAUAUCAAGAUGUUUUAAUUUCUAAAACGGUGUAUACCCAAAAGCUAGAAUCCACAUAAAAUCCCACGAUUCCCCUUUGGGGGUUUCUGAGACCCCCCCCAAUCUUCCAAACCUCUCUUCAAUUUUCUCCCCCAUUUUUGCCACAAGAUGGGCACCCCUAGAGUUCUUCCUCACCCACCUCCCCAGUGACAUAGUGAAGCCAGCCCAUAAAGGUUCCUGGGUCUGCAAAAUGCGAGGAACUGUGCCGGAGGGGGUGUCCCCCUCCCCCCCCAUAUUUGGCCGGAGGAGGGGGCAGAGCCCUAGCUUCUGGCCUGGCCACAGCACAAGAAUCAGUCCCUUUCCUGAGAGGAGGGUGGGGUAGGAAGGCCUGGAGAUGUGGGGUUAAAGGUUGAACCUGUCUCAGACAUUAGCUGUACAAAUGCCCUAGGCCCUGGUUCUUCAGCUGAGGGCUCGGAAGAAUAAGACUGAAUCCCUCUGGGGCUGUUCUCAUCUCUAACCUGGGAGGGGAGCUGUCAGCUCUGGCUUCUUGGGCUUCGGGUCAGGAACAUCUCCAGAUAUCGGAGCACAGGGAUCAAGUGGGAAAAGCAUGGCCUUCCUCCCAGGAACGGGCAGCAGCUGGUGGGUAUGGCCCGGUGCCGGCCAAGAAGUCUGGGGAACAGGACCACGGCAGCGGAGACCUGCGCAAGUGGGUCUUGUACCCAACAAGUGGGGCAGGGGCUUCCCUCUGAACCAUGAGUCGCUGCUAGGGAAUAGCACUUAUAUUACCCGCUGCACAUCGGACACGGCUGAGACGUUUAUAAAUAUCUGGUCCUCCCCACAGAUGAUUGGGGCCAUUGUGACCCCUAUUCUACUGUAUAAGGAGAAGAUUCUCUGUUCUAACUGCCUCCAGCCAUUAGCUGAUCUUCCCCCACCUCUCUUUUUUUAAAUAAAGCUUUUUAUUUUCAAAACAUUCA